CCUCCGCUUUGCUUUAUUAUAUAGUACUAAAGACCUUGCCAAGCAUAGCAAGUCAGUGCCUCAGCUCCAUCGUUCCCAGCCAUGGCUAUUUUAUUUCUCCUCCUCCUCCUCCUCCUUCCAUUCUCCUCUCCAGCUCUCUCCGCACGCUGCAAUCCACAAGACAAGAAAGCCCUUCUUCAAAUCAAGAAAGACCUCAAGAAUCCUUACCUUCUCGCCUCCUGGACGCCGGACUCUGACUGCUGCGAAUGGUACUGCGUCAAGUGCGACUUCACCACCCACCGCAUCCGCUCUCUCUCCCUCGCCAACGACGGAGUCAGCUUUCAAAUCCCUCCGGCCAUCGGCGACCUCCCUUAUCUGGACACCCUCGACCUCCACAAGCUCCCCAACCUCACCGGCCCCAUCCACCCCGCCAUCGCCAAGCUCACCAGACUCGUCUUCUUAGGCAUCAGCUGGACCUCCGUGUCCGGUCCCGUACCGGACUUCCUGCCCCGACUCACCCACCUCAAAAGCUUGUACCUUCCCUUCAACAAGCUCUCAGGCUAUAUCCCGCCUUCCCUCUCCCAACUGCAUAACCUCAACGAAAUUGACUUGAGUCGCAACAAGCUCACAGGUCCCAUCCCUUACACCUUCGGGUACUUCAAGAAUUCUCCGACCCUUUACCUCUCGCGCAACCAGCUGUCGGGGAAAAUCCCGGCGUCGCUGGGGAAGUUAAACUCGUCCAGCAUUGACUUGUCUCGCAACAAACUCCAAGGUGACGCCUCCAUGCUCUUUGGGCCAAACAAACUGGGGUUGCAUAUGCUUGACCUCUCCAGAAACUUACUCGAGUUUGAUCUGUCCAAAGUAAAUGUCCCGGAGAGCAUGACGUGGCUGGAUCUGAAUCACAAUCGCAUCUACGGGAGACUACCUGUGGGAUUGGAAGCAUUGCAACUUCAGAAGUUGGACGUGAGCUAUAAUUUGCUUUGCGGUCCGAUUCCUGCAGGUGGGAGCUUGCAGAAGAUGGGGAAGGACUCGUACAUGCACAACAAGUGCUUGUGUGGGUCCCCGCUUCCCCGCUGCAAGUGAUCGCUGUUGACUGGCCUAAUUAAAUAAGGGCAGAUUCAAUGUGCAGGUGCCUCCUGGAUUUCAAUUAAUGGCCACCAAGUGAAACCUGUUCAAGGGAUUAAUCGACUGCUAUAGCCUAUAGGGAGUAGCUUUGUCAUUUUCCUAUUUUCCUGCUGUGAUAUGUUAGAGAAAAGCUGUUUUCAGUUAAAUGAAUCUGACUCUCGGCUAAUGGUGUGUUUCACUUCAAA